GAACAUUUAGAGUGCAUAUGAACAUAUAUUUACGACAGGUCGCCUCCGAGGGGAUAAAUCACCAUGUCGAACAUUGCAUUUUUGUUCCUGCCUCUCGCGUUCUCUUCUCUUCCCGCUGUCCUACCUUUCGUGUCUCCCUCCUCUCAAGUUGAUGAGAGUGCGAGCCACAGAGAUUGAGAAAAAAAGCAAGGCAUGACAUCCUUUGGGCUGUCGCCCUCAGAACCCAUAGGUCUUCUCCGCGUUUCGAGUGUUCGACGGGUUGGGCUCCUGGUGAAGGAGGACGAGGAUGGGUGGACCGCCCCUUCUGCUGGCGGCCAACGCCUACGAAGAAGUCACAAUUACAUUGUUUGCUGUCAUGGUUGCCACGUUUCAGAUGAUGUAUCCCAGAAAGGGGUUGAGUAUCCCAGAACUGUUCUGAGUCCCAGUGAGUGGAGUAGUUGGGCAUACCCUCAAAGUUUCACACCUCAACAUGGCACUGCUGAAUAAUGUUUGCGAAUGUCGUUGAACUAGACACCACUGCCCUUUGAAGCCCUAGGAGCCAGCGCAAACAGGACGUCGCGCUUUUCCGUCGCGCUGGCCGCGCCGCGCACAUGCUUGAAGGCACCACCCCCUUGGGAGAGAGUUCUUGGAUAGAGUUCUCAAACAAACGAAUGUCCGCACGCAGAGCCCUGGAGUUCGACUAAGAGCUUUCAUAGCAUACGGUCCAAGAUCACAGCUGCCACUAUACCGUCACCUCUUAGGAUGCAGGUGGAGGACGCAUCAUGGCAAGGUAUUGGGGUAAAUACACGGUCUAUGCAGCCGCUUAGCUUCUAAAAGCCUUCCUGGGGCAUGGCGGCAUGGCUGUGGGGUGCAUGAAGCUGGCGCAAGUUUGGUGCCUUCAUGUGCCUUCCAAGAGUCCGGAUACUCCGACGUGCUGCUUCGUCAAUGCAACCUUUUUUGGGCUGCGUGGUGCCAAAAUCACAGGCGUCCCAGCCUCGCCAGCAGGGGCCUUUUUCUAGACACCCUAGGCCCACGUUUCAUUCAAAGACCUGAAUCCCAAGCCUGCACUGUGGUUUUUUCUGUUGUUCCACCAAGGUUUCCGACAGCGAAGCCAGGUCAGCUGGACUCUUCGAAUGGUCGAACGGAAACCGGGGUGCCGUGAGGUGAUCUACCGCUGCGUGAUCAAGAGACUUUGGCAGAGGAGCUUGCACUCACAGGCUGCCAAGACCAAGCCUUCUCGCUGCAUCCGCAGAAGCCGAAAGGUCCAGCUAUUUUGGUCUACUAUGGACCUGCGCUGAUGCAAAAGGCUGGGGCAGCGGACCCCUACAAUACCAUGCGGAUCCUGGCGGAGAUCUACCGCACGGCGCGGCAGCACUGGCCGAUCACCGAGGGCUUGGCCUGCGCCGGGAUGACCACCAUCCUUCGCAUUGAUGCUCUGAAGGAGCUCACGGCCCAAGAGAUUUUUGAGAACCAGUCGCAGGGCAGAUUGCAGUAUGUGAUCGUCCGAAAUGGCGGAAAAGAUGGACAGGUGAAGUCCUAUCCGCCUGCGUCUGGCAAGCCCCAGGAGCUGGAGGGCAGCGUUCCCCUGGAGAUCGAGGGGCUCAAGGAAGCGGUUUGGAGACAUUCGCCCUACUCCUGGGGCUCCAUCCCGGGCUCCUUCUACAAGGCGGCCUCGAUGAAGACCAAGUCCUUGCCGGGGUACGCGACGGCCUUCUCCAAGCCCUUCAUGGCUUUCGUGAAGUGAGGUUGCUGCUGCUUUGAGUGACGUCGAAGGAGUGGCACCGGAGCCAUGAGAGCGCAAGCGAAGUAUAAUGGUAUACGAC